UGAAAGUCCCCCGCCCCCCCCUCCCCCCUAUCUGGCGCUUUCUGGUAUGGGUCUGGAUCCAAUCUAGUCUCAAUCUCUCCUCUAAGACGAUCUAAUUCCCUCUCCCAGUAUAGUCGGAGUCCAUGGCCUCCGCAACGACAUCCAAGCUGUGGCAUAACGGCAGAAUAAAGAUCGAAGCAACAGAACCAUUGUCAUUUGGAGAUUUUUUUGGAGGGAACUUGCAUCCACUGGAAGGAAACGGAGAUAAUUACUCGAUCUUUGAUUUCUCGGGAGAAGAUGAGCAAUCACCUCCUCGAGAGAACAGCCUGGAGAAUACGCAGAACCCUGCCGCAACCACCACCAUCACCACUACUACCACCACCACCACCACCGCGACGGAGGUUAAUCCAAUAGGAAACAUUCCAUCAAGUCCAGAAAGAGAAGAAGAAGAGGGAGAUAACGAGUCCCGGCAGAGCACGCCGAUUAUUACACGCGCACGCACUCGGGCAAAUGAAGUUGCAGUGCCUCAGCCGGUUCCGAGUCUGAAUCCAUCAGGGCGUACAUCCCAGUGGAAAUGUAAGACCUUAUGGGGACCAAAUCGGCCAUUUCCUCAGCAUCUAAAGCUGCUUCUUGAUUCCUGGCGUGCCAACGAGCCGAAAAAGCGGCCUGAGUGUUGCUUCAGGUGCUUUCGGGUGACGAGACCGUCCAAGACCUUUAAUCGGAACGGUCAAUUGAUGGACCUUACCAACUACGAAAUCUGGGACCCGUUACAUUACCAGGUCCUUGUAUUGCAUGACCCAAGAACCGAUCAGAGUAAUAUCGUCACCGUGGCGGGUCACGGUAAGAAUUGUACCUGGCUGUCUCGCUGGCUAGGCCCAGGUAAAGGUUGGGACUCUGCCACCAUUGCGGCGCGGAUCUUCGGCCCACGGUUGCAGGAUAUUGUAUACCCAAAGGGAUGUUUUGCAAAGCCAAGUACUUCGAUUCUUGAUGAGAAAAAUGUCGGAACCAAAUCUGUUCCCAAGAAAGGCCAAGCAAAACAACAACCUCAAUCUAAGCGGCGCCGUUUACCCACGAGUACACAAACGAGAACCGAGGCGAUACAGGAAACGGAUUCAAGCGAAGAAUCCGAAGAGGAAGUCGAUUCCACGUCCGAGUCGGGAUCGUCCGAAGAAGACGAGGGAGAAUGAGGUCGAUACAGAACCACAACCAACCCCAAUCUCGAACAAGCGGAAACGCCGCUCUUCUGUGCCAAAGCCUGCAUCGUCAUC